AGAGUCACUUCCGCCCCAGGUACGCGAGGCCGCGGCCUUCGUUCCUCUCAGAAAGAUGACCUAAGUUUCCUAAGAACACUAAAUAAGACAAUAAACCUAUAGAAAGAACAUACUAAAUUAAACUCCUGGUCUCCCACUCCUCCUGAGAGUCAAGCUGAGCUGCUUUACGCAGGUGCCUGCCUUUUCCUAGAAAAAGGAGAAGAAAAUGACCAAAUUCCAGGAGAUGGUGACCUUCAGGGAUGUGGCUGUGGUCUUCACCGAGGAGGAGCUGGGGCUGCUGGACUCUGCCCAGAGGACGCUGUACCGAGAUGUGAUGCUAGAGAACUUCCAGAACCUGCUCUCAGUGGACCAUCAGCCCUUCAAACCAGACCUAAUAUCCCAGUUGGAGAGAGAAGAAGAACUUUUGAUGGUGGAGACAGAAACGCAGAGGGCUGGGUGUUCAGGAAGCAAGAAUCAACAUAAGACAAUGUGUAUUAAAGAAGCAGAAUUAAGCUGCCUUUCCUCCAAAGAGCUGUCCUCCUGGCAGUCCUGGCAAGAAGGUACAGGCGAGUUAACUAGGUAUCAAGAUUCCUUGGAAAAUUUCCAAGGGAAGAAUUUUCAGUUGCAAAAGCAAGAUGAUUCCUCCUGCCACGUUUGGACGGUAUUACCAAUUCAGAUUUCUGAAGAUGGGAAGUACAUAUCAACUCAUAUAAGAGAUGAUUCCAGUUAUAUAAAAAAUCAAGAAGUUCCUUCCUGGAGGGCCCAGCAUUCUUGGAGGAAAAUGUAUCUGACAGAGUCACAUAAUUGCCAAUGUACAUGUCAGCAAAUUUCCACGAAAAAUAAUUUAUGUAAAUGUGACAACCUCAGAUGGACCUCACAUGACAAUAAUAACCUGGAAGUACACAGGAAAGAAAAAAGUUAUAGCUGCCGUGACUGUGGAGAAGAUAUAAUGACAGUAUCGUUACAUAAUCAGGACUUAAUUCAAACAAGACGGAAGCCCUACCUGUGUAAUGAGUACGGAAAAGCCGUCAAUGAUGACAUGAGCUCUGAAGUUCAUCAACAGUUCCACUUAGAAGGGAAGCCCCAUACAUGCAGUCUGUGUGGAAAGGGCUCUAGUUACGAUUCAGUUCUUCAUGUUCAUCAGAGUGUUCAGAGAGGAGAUGAUGGUACUAUUGAGAGUUCACAUCUGCAAUCCCAUCAGAAAGUAGGUACAAAAGAGAAACCAUGCAAAUGUGGUGAAUAUGGUGAGAACUUCAAUCAGUACUCCCCUCUCGACACUUACAAGUUUAUCCAUGCAAGAGAGAUGCCAUACAGGUGCAACAUUUUUGAGAAAGCCUUUGAUCAUAGCGUAGGUCUUAACAGUACUUUGAGGGUCCAUAUUGGGGAGGGAUCCCAUGAAUAUGAGAAGAAUGAGAAUAUCUUUCAUCAGAAUUCAUGCAUUCAAGUCCAUCAGAAAAUCCACACAGAAGAGAAAUUAUACACAGGUGCAGAGUGUGGGAAGGGUUUCAUCUGUAGUUCAAAUCUUAAUGUUCAGCAUAGACUUUACAUGGAAGAAAGUCCCUAUAAUUCUGAGGGAGGUGAUAAUAGCUUCAAUCUGGCCUCACAUUUUCAGGACCUUCAGAUAGUCCACACUAAGGACCAACCAUAUAAACAUUAUUCAUGUGGUAACAACUUCAAUGAACAUUCUUAUCUUCACAGCCAUCAGAAAAUUCACAUCGGAGAAACAUCUUAUAAGGAGUGUGGGAAUGGCUUCACGUGGAGUUCAAAAUCUAAAGAUCUUCAGAGAGUCCACACUGGACAGAAACCAUACAAAUGCAAUGCAUGUGGUAAAGGCUUUACCCAUAGGUCAGUUCUUAAUGUUCACCAGAGAGUCCACACAGGAGAGAAACCUUAUAAAUGUGAGGAAUGUGAUAAGGGAUUCAGUAGGAGUUCAUACCUUCAAGCCCAUCAGAGAGUCCACACAGGAGAGAAACCAUACAAAUGUGAGAAGUGCGGUAAGGGUUUCAGUAGGAAUUCAUACCUUCAAGGCCAUCAGAGAGUCCAUACUGGAGAGAAACCAUACAAGUGUGAGGAGUGUGGAAAGGGCUUCAGUCGGAGUUCACACCUUCAAGGCCAUCAGAGAGUCCACACGGGAGAAAAACCAUUCAAAUGUGAAGAAUGUGGGAAGGGAUUCAGCUGGAGUUUUAAUCUUCAAAUUCAUCAGAGGGUUCACACAGGAGAAAAACCCUACAAAUGUGGAGAAUGUGGUAAAGGCUUCAGUAAAGCCUCAACUCUUCUGGCCCAUCAGAGAGUCCACACAGGAGAGAAGCCAUACCACUGUGAGGAGUGUGGUAAGAGCUUCAGUCAGAGAUCGUAUCUUCAAAGCCAUCAGAGUGUCCACUCUGGAGAGAGACCAUAUAUAUGUGAAGUAUGUGGAAAGGGCUUUAGUCAGAGAGCAUAUCUUCAGGGCCAUCAGAGAGUCCACACUAGAGUGAAACCAUAUAAAUGUGAAAUGUGUGGGAAAGGCUUUAGUCAGAGUACACGUCUUGAAGCACAUCGGAGGGUCCACACAGGAGGGAAACCAUACAAAUGUGAGGUGUGCACAAAGGGCUUCAGUGAGAAUUCACGUCUUCAAGCACACCAGAGAAUCCACAUAGAAGGGAGACCCUAUAAAUGUGAACAGUGUGGUAAGGGCUUUAGUGGGUAUUCGAGUCUUCAAGCCCAUCACAGAGUCCACACCGGGGAGAAACCAUACAAAUGUGAGGUAUGUGGAAAGGGCUUCAGUCAGAGAUCAAACCUUCAAGCUCAUCAGAGAGUCCACACAGGAGAGAAACCAUACAAAUGUGAUGCAUGUGGUAAGGGUUUCCGUUGGAGCUCAGGUCUUCUGAUUCAUCAAAGAGUCCAUAGUGGAAAAAAACGCUAUUGGUGUCAUGAAUGUGGUAAAGGUUUCAGUCAGAGCUCAAAUCUGCAAACUCAUCAGAGAGUCCACACAGGAGAAAAACCCUAUACAUGCCCUGAGUGUGGUAAGAGCUUUAAUCAGAGCUCACAUCUUUAUGCUCAUUUGCCUAUUCACACAGGAGAGAAGCCCUAUAGAUGUGACAGUUGUGGGAAGGGAUUCAGUCGUAGCACUGACCUUAACAUUCAUUGCAGAGUUCAUACUGGAGAGAAACCUUAUAAAUGUGAAGUGUGUGGAAAGGGCUUCACUCAGAGAUCACAUCUUCAGGCCCAUGAAAGAAUCCACACUGGCGAGAAACCAUAUAAAUGUGGGGACUGUGGUAAACGCUUUAGUUGUAGCUCAAAUCUUCAUACUCAUCAGAGGGUUCAUACUGAAGAAAAGCCGUACAAAUGUGAUGAAUGUGGUAAAUGCUUUAGUUUGAGCUUUAAUCUUCAUAGUCAUCAGCGAGUCCACACAGGAGAGAAGCCGUACAAAUGUGAAGAGUGUGGUAAAGGUUUUAGUUCAGCCUCAAGUUUCCAGAGCCAUCAGAGAGUUCAUACAGGAGAGAAACCAUUUCGAUGCAAUGUGUGUGGUAAAGGCUUCAGUCAGAGUUCCUAUUUCCAGGCCCAUCAGAGAGUCCAUACUGGAGAAAAACCAUACAAAUGUGAAGUAUGUGGGAAGCGCUUCAAUUGGAGCUUGAAUCUUCACAAUCAUCAGCGAGUCCACACAGGAGAGAAACCCUAUAAAUGUGAAGAAUGUGGUAAAGGUUUCAGUCAAGCCUCAAAUCUUCAAGCUCAUCAGAGUGUUCACACUGGGGAAAAACCAUUCAAAUGUGAUGCAUGUCAAAAGCGAUUCAGUCAGGCUUCACAUCUUCAAGCCCAUCAAAGAGUCCACACUGGAGAGAAACCAUAUAAAUGUGAUACGUGUGGUAAAGCCUUCAGCCAGCGGUCAAAUCUUCAAGUUCAUCAGAUCAUUCACACUGGAGAGAAACCAUAUAAAGGUGAUACGUGUGGUAAAGCCUUCAGCCAGCGGUCAAAUCUUCAAGUUCAUCAGAUCAUUCACACUGGAGAGAAACCAUAUAAAGGUGAUACGUGUGGUAAAGCCUUCAGCCAGCGGUCAAAUCUUCAAGUUCAUCAGAUCAUUCACACUGGAGAGAAACCAUAUAAAGGUGAUACGUGUGGUAAAGCCUUCAGCCAGCGGUCAAAUCUUCAAGUUCAUCAGAUCAUUCACACUGGAGAGAAACCAUUUAAAUGUGAGGAGUGUGGGAAAGAAUUCAGUUGGAGUGCUGGCCUCAGUGCUCACCAAAGGGUCCACACAGGAGAGAAACCUUAUACAUGCCAGCAGUGUGGGAAGGGCUUCAGUCAGGCUUCACAUUUUCACACACAUCAGAGGGUCCACACUGGAGAGAGGCCUUACAUAUGUGAUAUCUGUUCUAAGGGCUUCAGUCAGAGAUCACAUCUGGUCUACCAUCAGAGAGUCCAUAUUGGAGGGAAUCUGUAGACCUAUGAGGUUUGGUAUAGCCUUCACAUCUUCAUCCUCACUGGAAAGUUCAUGGUUAUGAUUGUGAAAGGUCCUUUAGAACUGGGCUUCAAAGGAUCUUUGUAGGAAAGAAAUUUUGUA